CCUGACAGGCUGCCUGCUCCGUUCUGCUCUGCUCUCCUGUAGCCCUCCUGGCAGCAGCCGGUCAGCUAGGGUAGCUCCAGGCUGCUAGGGGUCAGGUCACUAGGGUGUCUUUAGAGGUAGAUUGGACAAACCCUUUAUUCACCAGCAGGAAAAACUGAGGCCUAGGGCCUUGGGGCAGACCUCUCUCCCUUUCCUGUUUCGGAGUCAGUAACCAGGCUCGUUGUGCCAGAGCUCUCUGCCUUCGAGAGAGACCAUAGUCUCUGAGAAGUGGUCCUGCACUGAGCUCUGAAACUGCGGUUACUUUGUCUGGGCCAGGUCAAGGCCACUGUGUCCAGAUGCUGAGGGCCUGUGAGCAAUGGAGCCAAAUGUCAGAGUCUGUCCAGUAGGAAGCUCACUAAGGGCAGACAGGUGCUUAGUCUUCACUCGCGUGUUUACAGUAUCUGGCGUACAGUAAAUGCUCAGCGAGCACUUGUUCAGUGAGUCAAAGGAUUUGGAUAAUAAGACCUAACAAUGGAUAAGCUGGGUAGUAACCCACCCAUUUGGUGGGUUAAAAUGGGGGGGGGCUUUUUUUUAAAUCUCAAAGGCAUUCUUAGAGCUCCUCCUCCCUAAGGACCACCUCCAUUCCUGGGUGGCAUGCUCUGUUUUGCCUUGAGAGGAGUCCUUCCUCAAAAGCUGCUCUUGGUGUUCAGCAGCCACCUCACCGAGUUCAUAGUACACAUGAUAUUCCUGGUGAUGUGCCCCCUUCCCAUCCCAGGGAGGGAGUGGCAUAUCCUGCCUUCUCACCUAUCACCUGCCCCACCUAUCACCUCACUUUUAGUUCCUUCUGAACUUGAUGGAAUGAUCUGCAAGAAAAGGCUGGGUGAUGGUGGACCUGCUAAUAAGAGGUGCUAUGCCUGCCUCUUUACCAGGAAGAAAGACAUUAGCAUCUUAAUUCACUGAACUGGAUUUUGUCCCAGGUGUCCCUUUGGUAUGGGACCCACGCUGGCUGGAGGAUGAGGUAUGGGUUGCUAAGUGUCCUGGUCAUGAGCCUUUCCUCAGGAGAUAAGUGAACUUGCUGAAGCAGAACCCAUCCCCAUGGUUAAGGCAAGCCCCUUGCUUUCUGAGUAUGGCGUAGAUCUGUUGUAGCACAGUGGUCUCACCUGGCUAGCACAGUGUGCCAGGCACACUGAGAAGACUUGGGCAGGCCUUCCUCUCAGAUAUAGAUUCAAAUUGUAGUCCUGGGUUGCCAGACACUUUCCCUGAUCCCAUUGCACUUUUUUCCUUAGCCCCUUUUCGGAUCCCUUUCCUCCUGGAAGCUCAGUUAUUUCUCCUGCUGUACCCUCCUUCCUAGAGACCGUUUGGUCCACUGGCUCAACCAGGCCUGACUCCAUCCUUGGAACUGUUACAUAGAGUCAGGCUUGGCUUGGUGGGACCUUUCCUCCCUUUGGUCCGUUUAUGAACUUCCUCCCUUCAAAUGGGAGGGGCUGAGGAAAGUCCGUGUACAGAUUGGUUCUUUGGAGACCUAUGAACAAAUUGUGAAUGUGGGUAGAGGAAGGCUGCCCUGCAGUGGAGGAGGGCGUGGCUGGGUGGCUGGGCUGUUGGGGAGGAUGCUAAGGAUGACUUGCAAAUGUAGGUGGAAUGCAGGAGAGGCAACUAGCUAUGGCAGUACCACAGCACUGCCUCAGGUUGGAAUGGGCGACACUGUACCCAGCCAGGCUCUGCCUGUGGAGUGGGAGCGCCUGCAAGGAGACUGGGGGCCUGCUUGGCAGCCGGCGCCUAUCAGACAACUGGAAAGUGCCAGUGCUUGCGGGCCAUCUGUCCCCUGUGCCUAACUCCCAGCCACCUUCUGCUUACCACAGAAGGGCCCGGCGCUGUUCCACAGCACAAGGGCGAGGCGCCUGCUGGGAGGGGCAGGCAGUUUUCCAUUUUGCUUUUGUUUGGUUCCAUCUUCCUUGUAGCUCCUGGUGCUUUGGUCUUGCCAGGUGUGUGGAAAGUUUGCCGGCUGCUGUCAGCCAGCCUUUUGGUGGAUAGCUGGUGGGAGAAAAAGAGUGCAGCAGCUGCCCCAAGUCCUGUGCUUGGCAACAUUCCCCCCAAUGAUGGGAUGCCUGGAGGCCCCAUCCCACCAGGUUUCUUUCAGGGUCCUCCGGGGUCACAGCCCUCGCCGCACGCACAGCCUCCACCUCACAAUCCCAGCAGCAUGAUGGGACCCCACAGUCAGCCUUUUAUGUCACCGAGAUAUGCAGGCGGCCCCAGGCCCCCGAUCAGAAUGGGAAACCAGCCUCCAGGAGGAGUUCCUGGGACACAGCCAUUGCUGCCCAAUUCCAUGGAUCCCACACGACAACAAGGUCACCCCAACAUGGGAGGGUCAAUGCAGAGAAUGAACCCUCCCCGAGGCAUGGGGCCCAUGGGGCCUGGCCCACAGACUGACCCUUGGUUAUCGUUGCAGAAUUACGGCAGCGGCAUGAGACCACCACCCAACUCCCUCGGCCCCGCCAUGCCUGGGAUUAACAUGGGCCCAGGAGCUGGCAGACCCUGGCCCAAUCCCAACAGUGCUAACUCAGGAAGGCAGCUCCAAUCCAUGGCUCCUGAAUCUUCUUUCCAGAUCCCGUACUCCUCCUCAUCACCCGGAACCUAUGUGGGACCCCCUGGUGGUGGCGGCCCUCCUGGAACCCCCAUCAUGCCUAGUCCUGCGGAUUCAACAAAUUCCAGUGACAACAUCUACACAAUGAUUAAUCCUGUGCCGCCUGGAGGCAGCCGGUCUAACUUUCCAAUGGGUCCUGGCUCAGAUGGCCCAAUGGGCGGCAUGGGAGGCAUGGAGCCACACCACAUGAAUGGAUCCUUAGGAUCAGGCGACAUAGAUGGACUUCCAAAAAAUUCUCCUAACAACAUAAGUGGCAUUAGCAACCCUCCAGGCACCCCUCGGGAUGACGGCGAGCUGGGGGGGAACUUCCUCCACUCCUUCCAGAACGACAAUUAUUCUCCAAGCAUGACGAUGAGUGUGUGAUCCCUUCUCCACAACGCUGAGAGCCGGCAUUGCAGGCAGAAGAUGCCAGAAAUUAUGCAAGAAGAAGUGAGGUGUCGAUACCAGGAGCUGGGGGAGGGCGUCUCCUGCUCCCCUCCAUCCCUCCCAUUCUCUCCCCCACCUUUCCCAAUUUUAGUUUCAUGCAAUAAAAAGGCCAAACUUUUUAUUCCGUCAAACAUGAAGGACAAAACUCAGAAAUAUAUUUCAAGUCAACGACCAGAAAAAUCUCACCUUCUCCCUGCCCAAAAGGACCUUUCUGUACAUGACACUUUUUGUUGGGUUUUUUUGUUUGUUUGUUUGUUUGUUUGUUUGGGAUUUUACUGUUGCUGGGAUUUUAAAUUUGUUUUUUUGGGGGGAUUCUUUGGGGGAAUUUUUUUAAUGGAAGCUUCUAGCAAGCCCUAUGCCCACCCAAUCAACCUCAUUGCUUUCUUCUUUAAUAAAAGGAAAAAAGGAAAAAGAAAAAAAAGGCCAAAAAAAAAAAAAAAGGAAGAAAAACCCACAAGCCCUGCUGUCUAUCCCCAAGUCCUACCACCAGAAAAGCUAGUCUAGGUGUGCAAUAUCACACUGAUGUUGUAGCCAUCUAAAAAUAAUAAUAAUAAACUGGACAGUUUACAAUUGGUGGUUUCUUUCAAAAGCUGUUUGGGGAGAAGGAACUGAAGUCAACGGUUUCCACGUGGGCCUUUGGGGUUUGUGCUGGGCAAGGAGAUGCAGGUGUCCACUUUGCUCUGGCUGGGCUGGCCAUCACAACACACUGGGCCAGAGGACCCAGAGCCCCCAACUUGCCGUCACCCAACAGAGACCAUCGCUGUGACCCAGCGUACACACUGUUCCAGGAUGGCUGCCUCUUCUCCAAACCUCUCAUGCCCAGCCACAGGGGCCUCCAGUCCCUCGGUCCCCACCGUUUCCUGGCAAGAAUCCUGCUGGCUGGGUAGUGGCCCAGGCUGUGUAGGAGAGGCCCCACCAACAGGAUGACUACAAUCUGGGCCAUAGAACUGACCUCCAUGUUCUGGUCCCGAGCUCCUCACAUAGUGCGCACUGGCAGGGCGGGCUGAAGUUGUGUUUUUCUUUUUUUCUCCUGUUUGUCCUUUUUCAAAGAUGGGUGUUGGUUGGAAUUGCUCUGUAUUUGCUUGGAACUGGAUGGACAGACUUCAGCAUUGCUGUGGGGUGGGGGGAGCACCAGCAACCAAACAGACACUGUUUCUGGUCCUGUUUUUAUUUUCAAAAACUGAUGAACCUGAUGGUGGAGCCUGUCCCCUCUGAGGAGGGGUGACUUGGCUGCCCUGGCCUCUCCCCGUGGCAACCAUUGUGUCUUGCUCCGGAAGACACUGAGUUCUUUGUACAUUUACCCCCUCUGUGCCCCGCCCAUCCUCGUAGCUGGUCUUUGUUUUCUUACCUCCCCUUUCUGACCCAUGUAUAUCAUAUUAUGUGAGAUACCAUCUGCCUGACAAAAGACUUGUGCGGAUCCUUGGGAACAUUGUAGCUGUUUCUGUGUUUUUUCUUACCUUGUAGUCUGGUUCUGAAUUAUGAGAGGAAAAAAAGUAAUUAUGAUACAUUGUAGUUUGUGUACGAUAUAUGUUGAUAACGUUUUAUUAAAGGGACAUCUUUUUUCCGCA